CAACUCUCUCUCUAUCUCUCUGUAGCUCAUUAAUUGAAGGCUAAGCCUCAAUGAUAAUGGCUCUCCUUGGAAUCUUCUUGGUGGGUUUUCUUGCAUUAGUCUCCUCUGUUCAAGCCUAUGGUGGAGGAUGGGUCAAUGCUCAUGCCACCUUCUAUGGAGGUGGUGAUGCCUCCGGCACAAUGGGUGGGGCUUGUGGUUAUGGAAAUCUGUACAGCCAAGGGUAUGGAACAAACACAGCAGCUUUGAGCACAGCUAUGUUCAACAAUGGGUUGAGCUGUGGGUCUUGCUAUGAGCUCAGGUGUGUCAAUGAUGGCAAAUGGUGCCUGCCUGGCUCCAUUGUGGUCACAGCCACCAAUUUCUGCCCACCAAACAGUGCAGGUGGCUGGUGUAACCCUCCCCGGCACCAUUUUGACCUCUCCCAGCCUAUCUUCCAACACAUUGCACAGUACAGAGCUGGAAUUGUUCCUGUGGCUUACAGAAGGGUACCCUGCAGGAAGAGAGGAGGCAUAAGGUUCACAAUCAACGGCCACUCCUACUUCAACUUGGUCCUCAUAACCAACGUCGGUGGUGCCGGUGAUGUCCAUGCCGUGGCCGUCAAAGGGUCGAGGACCGGUUGGCAGCCAAUGUCAAGGAACUGGGGCCAGAAUUGGCAGAGCAACACAUACCUCAAUGGCCAAAGCCUCUCAUUCAAGGUCACCACAAGUGAUGGCCGUAGUGUGGUCUCCUACAAUGUUGCCCCAGCUAGGUGGUCCUUUGGGCAGACCUUCAGUGGAGGCCAAUUCCGCUAGAGCAGUAAACUUGGUCGUCCUGCAUUAAUGUUUACCUAUAGUAUGCUAGGUGUUUGAUAAAAUGACAAAGUCAGUAGUAUUCGUAUGUGACUGUUAGCAUAGUAGGGUUUAGACUUUAGAGGUAUGUAUAUGAUGUCAGCCUGGGCCUCUACGGAGGAAAUGAGAAGGACUUGUUAUAAAUGGUCCUUUUCAUUUUUAUUUGAUUGAGGAGUGCCCUCGGUCUUCCUAUAAUAGGCGUAAGAUUGUGUACGCCUAACUCUUUUUAGAGUUCAUAAUAGAGAGAGUUUUGUGCACUGAGCUACUUUUUUAGGUGCCUAAUGAAGGGAACCCUUUAUUCUUGAGGCCAUGUUUUGGUAUUUUUCCUUCUGUAACCAGGCAGAAGAUGGCAGAGGACAGAGGUGGUUUUUCACCACCCGCCUGUGGUGUUUCUUUAAUUUGGAGGCUAUUUGUGCUUGUGAGGUCAAUGUAAUCAGCUUCUGCUGAGCAUAUCCUUGUUUGUUAUGGUUGAACUCUAUUAGAGUAAAAUGUAAAUAAACUUUCAUGGUAAUGAGAGAGAUUAUCUAUUGUCCUAUGCUACUUUCUUU